AGGAUUAGCCGAGCCCCACCCCCAAACUCCCGGGACUCGGGGACCAUAGCGUAAAUGACGCAAGAGCUUCCGGUGACUUCUCCACCCCCAGCUCUGUUUCCUAGGAAACGUGGACUCCACGUUCCACUCAGUCGCUGUCCCCUUGACGUCAUGGUCCGGGCAAGAGGGCGGGGCGAGUGCUACAGCCAGGGGCGGGGCGGUGCGGUCCGGCUGGCCAAGCAGUGCACCUGCGCCUCGGCGGGCCGCCUGGGGCACUGUCCCUGGCCCGCCCGGCCCUGCCAUGGCCAGGCCACAGAGGACUCCCGCGCGCAGUCCCGACAGCAUCGUCGAGGUGAAGAGCAAAUUUGAUGCUGAGUUCCGCCGCUUUGCACUGCCUCGUGCUUCGGUGAGUAGUUUUCAAGAGUUCUCCCGGUUGCUGCGUGCAGUACACCAGAUUCCUGGCCUGGAAGUGCUGCUUGGCUAUACGGAUGCUCACGGGGACCUACUGCCUCUCACCAACGACGACAGUUUGCACCGGGCCCUGGCCAGUGGGCCCCCACCACUACGCCUACUGGUGCAGAAGCGGGAAGCUGAUUCCAGUGGCCUGGCCUUUGCUUCCAGCUCUCUGCAGCGGCGUAAGAAAGGACUCUUACUUCGGCCAGUAAUACCUCUGCGCACCCGGCCACCCCUGCUAAUCAGCCUGCCCCAAGAUUUUCGCCAGGUUUCUUCAGUCAUAGACGUGGACGUACUGCCUGAGACCCACCGACGGGUGCGACUGCACAAACAUGGUUCUGACCGCCCCUUGGGCUUCUACAUACGAGAUGGGAUGAGUGUGCGUGUGGCUCCUCAGGGCCUGGAGCGGGUUCCAGGCAUCUUUAUCUCCCGCCUGGUACGAGGGGGCCUGGCUGAGAGUACAGGGCUGCUGGCGGUCAGUGAUGAAAUCCUUGAGGUGAAUGGCAUUGAGGUGGCUGGGAAGACUUUGGACCAAGUGACAGACAUGAUGGUUGCCAACAGCCACAAUCUCAUUGUCACUGUCAAGCCAGCCAACCAGCGCAAUAACGUGAUGCGCGGGGCAUCUGGGCGUGUGACAGGGCCUCCCUCUGCUGGGUCUGGGCCUGUUGAGCCUGACAGUGAUGAUGACAGCAAUGAUCUGGUCAUUGAGAACAGCCAGCUUCAUUGUUCCAAUGGGCUGUCUCAGAGGCCUUCAUGCUGGGACCUGCGCCCGGGCCGCUUACCUCUUGGUGCCCGAAGCUCUCUGCCCUCCCUGGAUGAUCAGGAGCAGGCCAACUCUGACUGGGGGAACAGCAUGAGAGGAGAUGGUAGUGGUUUUAGCCUGUGACAGGCAAAGACACAGCCCCUUUACACUCCAGGCAGAAGGGACAAGGCAGGGAACUGGGAUGUGGGGGGUUGCUCACAGGACCAUCUCAGUCUAAGGAACAUUAAAGAUUUUCUACAAAUACA